AUGGUCAAAGUGGUCGGACACAGGGCCUUUAAGGCGUUGUACCCAGAGAACACGCUGCUGGCGUUCAAUAAAGCUGUCGAGGGGAAAGUGGACAUCAUCGAGACUGACUUGCAGAUGACCAAAGACGGAGUCGUUGUGGUCAACCACGAUUCGAACACGGGGAGGAUGUGGGACCGCGAUGUCGUCGUGCGAGACGUCGACUACGACACCAUCACCACUUUGCGAUGCAAAGAGGACCCGAGCCUCAAGAUGUUGACGCUCGUAGAGUUGCUGACGUGGAGUCUGGACCACCCAGAGGUGCAAAUCAUGCUCGAUAUCAAGUUCACAAACAAAAAGAUCAUCCUGAUUAAGACUUUCGGCGACAUGAUGAAGGUCAAGAACGACCUAGCGUACUGGCAGGAGAAAAUCAUAUGGGGGUUAUGGAUGUUGGAUUGGUACCAGUACGGUAUCGAAGUGGGCGUACUGCACGGGUUUAAAAUUAUUGUGAUUACAAUGUCGCUUGACCUCGUCGAACAGUUCAUCCAGAAAUCUUUGGAACAGGGACUGGAUGGGUUCAAACUGUUCGGUGUUAGUAUCCACUACGUUUCGAGCUGGACGGACCGUUUUAGAGAGGAAAUCAUACCAUUGCUGCUCAAAUAUGACGUCAAAGUGUUCCUUUGGACUGUUAACAAACAGAUCGACUUUAAUUACUUUGUAGGGUUGCCAAUUUACGGUGCCAUAGUCGACAACCCUAUCCAAGCUCGUACGUAUCUGAAGACAAACGAUAGCAGGGGGGAUGCAAAGUUCGCGGUGCCUAGUUUGACCUCAGUAGCCGGUAUGAGAUUCCAUGCUUUCACAAAACUGUACGCCAUAAUUUGCUUUUUCCUGUACUCUAGCUGGGCUCACGUCAAAGUCGGAGGACUAUCCUUUGCCUAUUUACUGGGCUUGCUACUUAGAAUGGUCCAUUUCUUUUGA